AUGUCAUCAAAGAUGUUCUUCUUCAUCUUCUUCGCAUGCAUUAUUUUUGGUAUUUACUGCGAGUUGGUCGCUGAUUCCGAUGAGUACGAUAAUUCGCAAUACGAGGAGGAGGAAGAAGUUGCCGAUGAAAAGAAGAUCUGCUUUUGUUGCCGAGCAUUCGUGUGCCGUCAUCAAUUCUGUCCAUGUUCUCCAUUUACAGCAUUGUUCUGA